AUGGAAGGAGACAGCACCAUCCACAGUGGAGAGAAACCACUCACAUGUUCUUUGUGUGGACGAAGCUUCAGCCAAUCAUCUGGCCUGUCCAGACACAAAUGUACCCACAACAGAGAGAAAUUGUGGAAAUGUGGUGACUGUGGGAAGGGAUUCAAUUACCCAUCUGACCUCAAAAGGCAUCAGCGCAGUCACACCGGGGAGAAGCCAUUCACUUGUCUCAUGUGUGGGAAAGGAUGCACUCAGUUAUCCAACCUUAUGAUACACCAACGCGUUCACACUGACGAGAGACCUUUUAAAUGUUCAGAGUGUGGAAUGUGCUUUAAAAGCUCGCAGGAACUGAUGUACCAUCAACGUGUUCACACUGAUGAGAAACCAUUCAGGUGCUCUCGCUGCAGGACCGGGUUCAAAACAUCAUCUGAACUUACUAUACACCUGAGGACUCACACUGGGGAAAGACUGUUCAUCUGCUCCGAGUCUUUAUUUGCUGCACAGUUCUGGGUUCUUAAUAGGACCAGGAAAGUGUUCCCCAAACAGUAA